CCGCGGCCUGACGCAGCCGCUUCAGGAGGGGCCCGCAAGGGAAGUAGAGGGUGUGCGGCGUUGCUAAAAGCUGAGGGUUGUCUGCUCCUCUCCGCUUUCUGAGGGAGAUGCAGGGCGUCAGGCCGCUGCAGGGCGUUCGGGUCGUGGAGCUGGCCGGCCUGGCCCCGGUCCCGUUCUGCGGUAUGGUCCUGGCGGACUUCGGGGCGCAGGUGGUGCGUGUAGACCGACCCGGCUCCCCUGGCGACCCGAGCGCCUUGGCCCGGGGCAAGCGCUCGCUGGUGGUGAACCUGAAGCGGCCACAGGGACCAGCGGUGAUGCGGCGUCUGUGCGCACUGGCGGACGUGGUGCUGGAGCCCUUCCGCCCUGGUGUCAUGGAAAAACUCCAGCUGGGCCCAGAGACUCUACUGAGGGAGAAUCCAAAGCUUAUCUACGCCAGGCUGAGUGGGUUUGGCCAGUCAGGAAGAUUCUUUCAGGUAGCAGGACAUGACAUCAACUAUUUGGCUUUGUCGGGUGUUCUGUCAAGAAUUGGCAGAAGUGGCGAGAAUCCACAGCCCCCGAUUAAUCUCCUGGCUGACUUUGGUGGUGGCAGCCUCAUGUGUGCCCUGGGCAUCAUGAUGGCUCUGUUUGAACGCACACGCUCUGGCAAGGGUCAGAUCAUUGAUGCAAGCAUGGUGGAAGGAACAGCAUAUCUAAGUUCCUUUCUGUGGAAAACCAAACUAACAGGACUGUGGGACCAGCCUCGUGGACAGAACAUAUUAGAUGGUGGAGCACCUUUCUACACGACCUACAAGACGGCCGACGGGGGGUUCAUGGCUGUUGGAGCAAUCGAGCAGAAGUUCUAUGAGCUGCUGGUCAAGGGACUCGGACUAAAGUCUGAUGAACUUCCCAAUCAGAUGAGCAUAAGUGAUUGGCCAGAAAUGAAGAAGAAAUUUGCAGAUGUAUUUGCAAAGAAGACAAAGGCAGAGUGGUGUCAGAUCUUCGAUGGCACAGAUGCAUGUGUGACUCCUGUUCUGACUCUGGAAGAGGUUGCGCAUCAUGGUCAUAACAAAGAUCGGGGCUCAUUUAUUACUGACAGGGAGCAGGGUGUGAGUCCCCGCCCUGCACCUCUUCUCUCCAACACCCCAGCUGUCCCAUCCUCUGAAAGAAAUCCCUUUGUAGGAGAACAUACAGAAGAGAUACUUAAAGAAUUUGGGUUCAGCCAGGAAGAGAUCAUUCAGCUUAAGUCUGAUGAAAUUAUUGAAAGUAAACCAAGAUCUAAGAUCUAAUCCCUAAGUUCCAAGGUCCACAACUCAAGUGAAUUUGAGUAUUGCAUUUACAGUAUAGUGUAAUGCAAAAAAAUCGUAUGCAUAGAAACGAGAGAAAACAAUAUCACAGUGGUCCAGCUAUUCUAAUCAGGAAACAAGAUUCUGCUUAAACAGUAAUGAUCGAAUUCUGAAAAUGGUUGAUUUAGGAAUAUUUUAAAUUUACCCAUACUAAAUUGUGGCAGUUUUUUUGCCUUCCAGUUUACUUAAUGGGUUAUAUUUGUUGAUAUAAAAUACUUAUAAAUGAAUUAAUAUAAUCCUUUUUAUAAAUAAAAGCUUCUUUCCUGCA